AUGAAGGAGAUAGAAUCCAUUUCAUUGGCGCUCGAUGCUCCCAUCCGGCGGUUAAUGCAAGCGGCGCAACGGGGAGACAUCCAACAAGCCGAAUCGCUCCUCCACGUUGUUUCGGCCAACGUGCGAGAUAACACGGGCCGGACCGCGCUCUCGUGGGUGGCUUCGCGCGCCCAGGCCCAUUCGCCCGCCAUGCACGACCAGACCGAACAAUUCUUGCAGUUUCUCCUGGAUAAAGGCGCGGAUCCAACGCUCGCCGACUUUCACGGCGAGUCGCCCUUACACUGGGCGGCCAAGGCCGGUGACUACCAGAUGGUGGAUGCGUUCUUACAAAAGGACGUCGUUCAUCCAGACUUGCCGGAUAAUCGAGGUCGCACGCCCCUGUCUCACGCCGCUGGAGAAGGCUAUCAUCGGGUGGUAGAGCUGUUGCUGGCGACGGACAGAGUUGACCCCGACCGUAAAGAUGCGCGCGGGAGAACGGCGCUAUCGUGGGCAGCCGAACACUGGCACUUCAAGACGGUGACUGUAUUGGUUGGAAAUGAUUCCAGCGUAGACCUUCGCGACGAUGAGGGACAAACUCCCCUAGGCUGGUUUAUAACUAGCACGUCCAAAAAGUCUGGCACGAAUCCAAAUCCAGGGAUACCACAAAUUGAUUUCCAGCAAUGGUUCAAAAUCUUGGGUCCGAAAAACGGCAUUGAACCUAUGACUAGGACUCGACGGACUUUUCUUUCCUGGGCCUGCGAGCGUGGUGAUCUCCAACUGGUCGAGCAACUGCUGCAAACUACCUGGGCCGAUCCCAAUUCCGUCGACCGGUACAGAAAGACCCCGUUAAUUUAUGCCAUCGAACAGAGCCAUUACGAGAUUGUCGAAUUGUUGAUAUCAGGAACCAAGGGCAGCCCGAGGCGUGAUAUUGUGUCUUUGCGAAUCAUGAUCCAGGAAGGCCGGGCUCGCUUGUUAAAGCCAUUCCUGGAACGAUAUAAGCCCAACCUAGAGACGGAAGAUGAUUAUAGCUCGGUGCCCUUGAUGCGCAUUGCUUUGCAACAAAGUGACCGAGCUACAGUCACGGUGCUCUUGGAACAUAAAGCCAGCAUUCAGGAUUUGGAAAAUGGGGACUGGUUCGGACCCUGCAGUGCGCAAAGACCGAACACCGAUCUUAUGAACACUCGCUCCGAUCUUUCGGCCACAUUGAACAGCCUAGGCGCCCAAAAUAGCUCUACCCAUGUUCCACUGAUGAGAUUGGCCAUUCCGGACAAUAAUCGCCCCGUAGUAACGGCGUUGUUGAACCAUCGGGCUCGGAUAAUGGACCUCCAAGAGGACGAAGAUGACUUUGCACAAUACAAUAAGGGCAGUGAGCCCAGUAUAGCUGUGAACGUCGUGGCCCUGCGCGACGGAAGGAGAAAGGCGCAUUGGAUCUUGGAUGGCGACUUGGAUGAAGAAGUGCGAAAUAUACCAAAGACAAUAGACGAAACUCACCUCAUGCUCUUCCGGGAAAACUAUGUAUGGAAGUCACCUUACCGAAAGAGCCAUCUACCCAACGAGCUGCGGUUCUCGUUAGGCACCAAGAGUCCGUGCAGGACAUUUACUCUUUCCAUCCAAAUGAACCUCAAGAUUGCAAAUGAGCACACAAUCAACCACGAAGAACAGGACUCCGAUGGUGAUGACGACUACAGCAUGCGAGUGGUGGAGUGGUCGGUUUUGGAAGCACCUCCGAAAUCCAUCCACUAUUUCAGCAAUCUCCCUUACGGAUAUAUCCCGCAAAAUGAUCUGGACAUUGUGGAGCUUUUCUUGCAUACAUGGCGCAAAGACUGGAUGACCUACUGCCGGGAUGCGCGGCGUCAUCUUGCACAGCUGCGCUCGCAUCAACUGACUGCAAGAGGCAAAGACGAGUUGUUGAUCGACACCGUUGCCGAGAAUAUGCUCAUAUGGACUCGUAUCCAAGGCACAUUGGCUGAACAACUCAGUCAAGCCCGCGAGUUCGUCUCUCAAUAUCAACGAUUUAGCGAAACCCGUCAGUUUAGCGAGCAAAUAAACCGAACGAUCGAUUCUAUCGAGCGCGAUAUUUCUAGUCAGAUUGACAAGCUUGAACAGACCUUUCGCGACCUACUCCAAAUCGAAUUUGCCUGGACAACGAUCAACGAAGCGCACCGGUCAACGAGCCUAGCAGCCAGUAUGAAGAGGCUGAGUUGGAUAACGUUCAUUUUCCUCCCGCUGACUUUUGCCUCGAGUCUAUUCGGAAUGAAUGUGGACAUACUGGCCGACAAUCCGUCGUGGCGCUGGUAUCCUCUUGUCGGUGGGACCCUUCUGUUACUGACGGUAAUCACCUGGCUUGUUUUCAAAUUCAUCAAGGUGGACCGAUGGAUGGGAUCGAAAACUCAAAGACUCAAGGAAAAUCGGAUUUGA